UGUGGGCACGCUGCUCCGCAGGGCUGGGUGGAGGCUGAAAGUCGGGCUGAGUGUCAUAGGUUGGGAUUCACAUCUCCUCCCACUUGGAGGAUGGUGAUUGCUGUGCUCAGCCCAAGGUUGGGAUGCCACCAUCGCUUUCCUCACUGACAGAGCAAUGGUUGUCUCGCUCUCACAGUGUGCACUGUAAGGGGAGGAAUGAUGCCCCGCUCCCUGCUGCAGGUCCCGCUGUCCCCCAGCAGGACACACCAUCCGAGGACGACAGCACCCCAACCCUCGACCUGCAGCCUCAGCCCCAUAGCCCAGGAGGAGACACACCCCCCACACUGCCCAGCCCUGCUGCACAGCGGGAUGAAGGAGCAGAGGAAAGCUCAGCAUCGCCUCUCAGUGCCAGCGGGGACACCACAUCUCUCCCCAAGGGCCUCCAGGCCUCCGUGGCUGCCCUGCAGAAAGAUUUUGGCUGCUGGGCCAGGGCACACCUGCAGCACACAGAGGAGCUACUGGGGGUUGCCACUUGCCUGCUGCAGGCUCAGGGCAGGCUGAACAAGCACCUGGUGUCUCUGUCCCGUGGGGUGCACUCCAUGGCUCGCUCCCUCAGUGCCAUCACCUCCUUUUUGGGGAAGAUGCUGCAACCAGGCCCUCAGGACUCCAGAUCUGCGCCCACCCCACAGGACCCCCUAGACUUGAGCUGUCCCUCGCUGCCCUCCGACCUGCUGGAUUUGUUCUGCCCCAGCACAUCGCAGCAGAAUAAAGCAGAUCAGGGUCCUGCAGCAUCUCCCCCUGCCAGGCCUCCAUCACCCAAGGUCCCCAGCCCAGAGCUGGAGAAGGAGCAUCCCAGCAAGAGCAAGAGAGACUACAAGCACACUGCUGGCCUCAGGAAGAGGAGGAAGAAGUGAGGGGAAACAGUGUGCCCUUUGCGAUGCCUCAGUGAUAUCCCAGGAUGAUUCAGGAGAGCAGUGAGGAACGGGCUCUGUCAGAAUGCCUGGAAAACCCAUGGAAGGCUGCAGGGACUUGGCUCCCCACCUCACUUGUUGUGCCAAUAAAUCCUCCUGGGCAGAA